AUGUACUUGACAGUUCUAGAGGACUCCAUGGGCUGCGUGUUGGGUCAACACGACGAAACAGGUAGAAAGGAACAUGUCAUCUACUACCUUAGCAAGAAGUUCACUGAUUGCGAAUCGAGGUAUUCUUCACUAGAAAAAACUUGUUGCGCCCUCGCUUGGGCUGCCAAACGAUUAAGGCAGUACAUGGUGACACACACCACUCUACUGAUCUCCAAAAUGGACCCAAUUAAGUACAUCUUUGAGAAACCCGCUCUUACCGGAAGGGUUUCCCGUUGGCAGAUGGCCUUGACUGAAUACGACAUUCAACACGUCACCCAAAAAGCCAUUAAGAGAAGUGUUUUGUCUGAUUACUUGGCCCACCAGCUGGUGGAAGACUACCAGCCAAUGAAAUUUGAUUUCCCCGACGAGGACAUCCUAUUCAUAAGAGAAUGUAAUAUCCCAGGCCCCGAAGAAGGCCCCAAACCGGGAUCACGAUGGAUGCUCGCGUUCGAUGGUGCUUCCAACGCACAAGGCCAUGGAGUAGGUGCCAUCAUUACAUCACCAACAGUAUUUCAUCUGCCUUUCACCGCAAGAUUGUGUUUCGACUGCACCAACAAUAUGGCAGAGUACGAGGCAUGUAUCUUCGGUAUUGAAGCGGCAAUCGACUUAAGGAUCAAGAUACUUGAGGUUUAUGGAGACUUAGCUCUCGUCAUUAGCCAAGUACGGGGAGAUUGGGAGAUCUGCGAUCAGAAGUUGAUUCCAUACAAAGAACACGUCCUAAAAUUGAUCCCUUACUUCGAUCAAAUCUCUUUUCAUCACAUCCCAAGGGAAGAGAAUCAAUUAGCAGAUGCCCUUGCUACCCUAGCGGCCAUGUUCAAAAUCACUUGGAGGAAUAAAGCUCCUGCUAUCAGCAUUGACCGCCUAGAUGAGCCGGCAUACUGUCUAGCUACCGAAGAAGAGUCAAAUGGCAAACCCUAG